AUGCUGGACCCACCUCGAAAGAACGAUUGGACACCUCCCGACUCUAGAGCAGAAUGGUUCGGUGUUUCACUGGGGACAGGCGGGCGGGUGACCGAGCUAAAGCUGGUCGACAACGGCCUCGUCGGGACCCUUCCGAAUGCUCUGGGUGGCCUGGAGAUGUUGCGAUACCUUCAUCUCGGUCGUAACACCCUAUCAGGGACUAUCCCAAGUGGCCUCUCGAGCCUCGGGGCCCUCGAAUGGCUCAACCUUAGUGAAAACGUUCUUACAGGACCGGUGCCGGGGUCUCUGUCCAGUCUUAGUAGACUGGUGGAGCUGAACCUCAGCGCCAACCGCCUUGCUGGCCCUCUGCCGCCAGAGCUCUGCGGCAUGGCGUCCCUCGUUUGUCUCCAGCUCUCCAAGAACGACCUGGAAGGCUUUCUACCGGCUGAGAUUUCGGAGCUAACCUCACUGGUAACCCUGUGUCUGGACCACAACCGGUUUUGCGGGCCGAUUCCGCGAGGGGUGGCGGGAAUGAAGGCCCUGAAGGAGCUGCGGCUGGAUCACAACGUUCUCACGGGCCGGAUACCUUUGGGUAUGGGCAAGAUGAAGUCUCUCAAGAUCUUGAGCUUGUCGAACAACCUGCUCGGAGGGUCCAUGCCGGAGGGACUGAUAGCAAACCUCGGCGCAACCCGGGUGCAGAAGAAUAUCAUGCCUGGCAACCGCCUGGCGGAUGUCGACACCCUUCGUCUAGUGUGGGAAGCGCGUGACGGGUUGAAGAAAGGGCGAGAGACGAGAGACUACAAGACGGCCAAGUUCGUCGAGGCGUGCUUUGAGGCUGCGCCACAGAUGCUGCUCCAGACCGUCGCGGUAGUGUCCCUGUGGAACGACAAGGAGGCCGACAAUUCCGACAUGUUCGUGGCCUUCUCGAUUAUGAACUCCGUCUUCUCCGUCUCGUGGGAGACCAUGUCGGCUCUGGACAGAGGGUGGGCGGAAGAGAUGGUCGAGGAGCGGGCCAGACAGGGGACAUCCUGGCCCUGCGGAGCGUCAGCUCACCGCUGGCUCGUGCUCUUGAGCCUGUGGGUGUUCCACGUCGGGUUACGGGGGUCAAGCCUUGCCGUGCUGGCUCUAACGCUCCGAGGGUGGUCGGCUCUCGUGAUGGCGGGGGUUUGGGGCGCGCGGGUUGCCAUCGCGAAGGCAACGGAGGCGUCUGACCUCAAAACUACCAAGGUUCUGAUUAAAGCCCUUGCAGCAUGUCUGCUCGAUUCCAUCUGGGACAGCAAGUCUGCCUACAUCGCCGCAUCGGUGUGCACUUUGCUUGAGUCGAGCACUUUCUUCGUUGUGGCCUCGUUAGAAUUGCGAGGAGAAAAUACUCCGCUCGAGGAAGCCUUAUCCGAAGUAGCGUGGGUCGCAGGGAGCGUCUACGCCCUACGGUUCGUGCUCGACCUCUGGUUAAGGGCGCCGCUGCACUGGGGGACGUUGAUCGAUGUUGAGGACUUGCCGUUUUGCUGCGGGGGGGGGAUUUCCAGGCUGAGAGGGGCGCUAUUCGGAAGGCGUUCGCCAUCAGCAACAACACUGCCAGCAGAACCACCGCAACUUGGGACCACGCCACAGGCGACGCCAAUGUCGCCACGGCGUGCUGGCUUUUGGCCUCGGUAG